AUGUGGAAAACUGGAGACUGGACGCUGUUGGCCGCGUUCAUUUUAAUAUGCUGCUUUCGACAUAGCUGGGGUCAAACCACAAGGACUAGUACCGCAACCUCGACCAAACCCGGGGACAGAGUGAAAAGAGGAUGGGUCUGGAAUCAGUUCUUUGUGGUGGAGGAAUACACAGGCACGGAGCCACUAUACGUCGGAAAGAUCCAUACAGAUUCAGAUGAAGGCGAGGGAAAUAUCAAAUACACAAUCUCUGGUGAAGGUGCCGGCACUAUCUUCAUCAUCGACGAGUUGACAGGGGACAUCCACGCCACGGCCCGUCUGGACAGAGAGGAGAAAGCCUUCUACACUCUGAGAGCGCAGGCCCGGGACAGGCAGUCCAACGACCCGCUGGAGCCAGAGUCGGAGUUUGUCAUCAAAGUGCAGGACAUCAACGACAGCGAGCCCAAGUUCUUAGAAGGACCCUACAUCACCAGCGUGGCAGAGCUAUCGCCAAUCGACACAUCUAUAAUGAAGGUAACAGCCAUAGACGCGGAUGACCCGGCGUACGGCAGCAGUGCACGGGUGGUCUACAGUGUCCUGGACGGAGAGCGCUUUUUCACUGUGGAGAAACACACAGGAACCAUCAUGACUGCGGUGGCAGAUCUGGACCGGGAAACUCAAGAUCGCUAUGAGCUGGUCGUCAAGGCAACAGACAUGGCAGGACAACUGGGAGGGCUCUCGGGCUCCACCACAGUGACCAUAGUGAUCACCGACGUCAAUGACAACCCACCGCGCUUUCCGCAGAAGAUGUACCAAUUCACGGUGUCCGAGGGCGCGGCGGUGGGCACUCCGGUGGGACAGGUGAUGGCAACAGACGCUGACAUGGGCGAAAACACCGACAUGACCUAUCUGAUCAAAGAGGGCGGAGAUCUCUUCAAAGUGACCACCAACGUAGAGACUCAAGAGGCUGUGGUGUCCAUUAAAAAGCCUCUGGACUUUGAGUCGAAGCGGACGCACAACGUUGUAGUGGAGGCGGUGAACAAGCAUGUGGACCCUCGCUUCAGGGACCUGGGCUCGUUCCGAGAUCAGACCAUCGUGCGAGUGAGCGUGACAGACAUCGAUGAGCCUCCCGCCUUCCAGCCAGCAGAGGUCACUGUGCUGGAGGUGCAAGAGGACGCCAAGGUGGGGGCGCUGGUGGGAGUGGUCAGCGCUCGAGACCCGGAUGUGGUGAACAAGCCUGUCAGGUUUUCCAUCGAUCGCAGCACAGACCAGGAGAUGAUCUUUCACAUUGAUCCGGACACAGGGGCCCUCACGCUGGGAAAGAUCCUGGACCGGGAGACCGCGGGCUGGCAUAACAUCACAGUCAAGGCCGUGGAAGCAGAGAACCAUGCCAUGGCGUCCCACUCGUUGGUAAGCAUUCGGAUUCUGGAUGUCAACGACAAUCCCCCGGAACUGGCUUCACCGUACGAAGCCUCCAUUUGUGAAGAUGCCAAGCCCGGACAGUUGAUUCAUACGAUCAGUGUGGUGGACCGGGAUGAACCGCAGACUGGGCACCGCUUCUCCUUCACCCUGGCUCCUGAGGCCAACAGCCGCCACUUCACCCUGUGGGACAUCAAAGAUAACACCGCGGGCAUCCGGACCGAGCGCUCACGCUUUAACCGUCACGAGCAGAACGUGUACUUCCUGCCCAUCCUGGUGGUGGACUCGGGCCCGCCCUCGCUGAGCUCCACGGGGACUCUCACCAUCCACGUGUGCGGCUGUGACCGAGAGGGAGCUAUCCAGUCCUGCGCCGCCACAGCCUACGUGAUGAGUGCGGCUCUGAGCCCAGGGGCACUCAUAGCUCUGCUCGUGUGCAUGCUCAUCCUUAUAGUCCUGGUACUGCUCAUCCUGACCCUGAAGCGACACCGCAAAGGCCAGCGCAUGACGGAGGACGAGGAGGACAUGCGCGACAACGUCAUCAAGUACAACGACGAGGGCGGCGGCGAGCAGGACACGCAGGCCUACGACAUGAGCGCCCUACGCAACAUCUACGACUUCCCCGAGGCCAAGAGCUCCGAGCCAGGGCCCGACAUCCGCACCCUGCCCCAGUGGAUCCAGACCAACCGGCACAACGGCAACUCCGCGCUGCGAUCCGUCCCGGAGGCGAACGCGGGCGUGGUGGAGGCGGUGGCGGCGGAUUUCUCGCUGUUCAAGGGUUACAUAAAGAAGAAGGUGGAGCAAGCCGACUCAGAUCUGUCGGUGCCGCCGUACGACUCCUUCCAGACGUACGCGUUUGAAGGCAACAGUUCGCCGGCACUGUCCCUGAGCUCCAUCCACACCCUGUCCACCACGUCGGAGCAGGAUUUUUCCUAUCUUAGCGACUGGGGGCCGAGGUUCAGGCAGCUGGCGGGUUAUUAUGCUCCCGGGAAUCUCGACGAAGAAGGGUCCUAG